GCAUAAAAUUAGGCAGGCUGUUAUGUUUGCACAUCGCCAUACAACUGUUUCAUCUCCUAGGUUACUAACAACACCAGCAAGUGUGAAGCACUGCUAAAUACGUGACUGCUGCUCUGCAGAGAAGCUGAGAGCAUACAGCAGUGACUGUGCUGUUUCAUCCUGGGAGAAAUGCACUGAACACCUACUACGGUCAACAGGAUGGACAUAAAGAGGAAGUCCAGCUUUUCCUGUGAGUGUGUUUCAAACCCAUUCAAAAUGCUUCAAAAAAAUGCUGCUGCUCCACUAAAACACAAUCCGCUGUGUAUCCUGGAUGACCAUAGUGUACAAGAGGAAUAUCCUCCACAGUGUGUCAGUGACCCAUCCACCUAUUGUACCAUAGCUGCAGGAGUUCUGACGUACAAUCGCGAGUCUGACAACCACAGGCUGAACCUAACAACCAUUCUCCCAGUGUCGCAGCCUCCAAUUGAAUUCCCAGUCAAAUGUGAGCACUGUGGGAAACAGGCCACACCUUCACUGGAUACAACAUGGAUACAGGAGCUUGAGAAAACUCCAACCUUCUGUUGUCUCCAGCGACAGCAGCUGUGUGAGACGCUGCUGAAGCAAAGAGUUUUGUUUGGGGGGAGAUGGAGGCACAGAAAUCAGACAUCAGUGAAAGACACACCAGCGAAACAGACAGACGAGGUGCUCGUGCAAGGCAGGGAGUUGAAAGAUCACAAGAAGUUUGUAAUGGACUUAUCAAGUGGGCUUGGAACACAAUCAGAACAGAGAACCUACAAGGAUUACUCUAUUAAUCUACAGGCAGCAGCGACCUUUUCCUCAUCAUCACAAGCCCUCAUUUUCCAGCUCUCUUGUGCUCCAGCAAAAGGAUUCUGGACAGUACAUUCCAGUAGCACAACUGAAAACUGCUUGAAAAUAAAGGAGGAAGAGGAGCAGGUGUCGCUCCCCUUUUGUGAUCACGAGCCAAUUCACUUUGGAAUAUGUCAUCAUCAGAAGGAGAGUGGAUUUCUACAGAAGUAUUAUUCUGAUGGUGUGAGGUUUCUUACUGUGUUCCCUGAUGGCUCUGCUGAGGUCUUUUAUCCCUCAGGCCACUUGGCUCUCAUUGUUGUGGUAACUGAACGAAAUGGACGAGUCUGUAUCGUGUAUGAUGACAGCGGUGCUCCCAAACAGCCAAUCAGAGCCGUGUUCCAGUCUGAUGGCAGGGCGGCAUGUUAUCACAGCAAUGGAAACAUAUGGUUGGUCGUAAACAAAUCAGGUGGCCAGUGUUUAAAUGAUGCAGGUGCCAGGACUUGUGGAUGGAGCUGGGGCAGUCUGAGUGUGACUCCCACUCCCCUGCACCCCAUCUUCCUGUCCCUCAACAAAGCCAUCGGAGUCCGAGUGCUCGGGAACAAACAAGUGUUUGUCUCCUUCUUGGCGAGAGGCCAACAGGCCAAGCUCAGUGUGGGUGCCUGCUGUGCUCAGUGUGAAUAUAAAACACCUACUUCAAGAUCAUCAGCAUCGAAAGAGGAGCUGUUGGUGUCGGCAGCGAAGAUAAGGAUCAACCAGGCCGUCCAGCAUCUUCACCAGAACCUGAUGAAGACGUCUCACCACCAACCACCAACCACCACAGUCGCCCCUCGACUCCAAGCAGCUGCCCAAAGGAUUCUGGACAACAGUGCUGAUGUAGUGAUGAGUGAGAGUGAUAGAGCCUUCAUCCAUAGGUGCCUUAAGGACUGUUUAAUGUGCCUGCAAUAAAGAAUACUGACACAAAGGCAGAAUCAAACUCUACUUAUCUGAUUUUACCAAUUAAAAAUGCACUCAAAGCAGGAAUUUUAAAGACAGCGCUCCAAAACCACGCCCAAAUUUAACUGAGGCUUUCUGUGACCUUUAACCACCUGUUGACCCAGUCUGAUGGAAUUUCUGAAACCGUUUCCUCAAGUGUAGCUUAUCUUGGUGAAGAAUUAAACUAUCAAAUGUGGGUGUUACAUAAGAACUCCUAAUGAAAUGUGACCUUUGUCAUCAUGGAGUAUACAAAACUCAAACAUGUUGUUCAAGCUGUAUAUUUACACUGCACUGUACUCAAAUCUCAUCAAUUUAGCUUCAUCGGAUCAGUGUAGAGCCUGAAGACUUCCUAAUGACAUUAGGUUGAACAGAUGGCAAAAAGACCUGCACUCAUAACCUGACUGCUGUCCGUUUAGGUUUUCUUUACCUAAAGUGACUGCAACCUGGUUGACGACAGCUGAUAAUGGUUAUAAACUAUGGGCGGAAAUUUGCUCAACUUUAACAUUUGUAUUAAAACAUUUAAUCUUAUUUGAAUUUAUUAGAUUGAAACUGUAUUGCAUUUAACUUGAAAUUGAAUGUAUAUUUUCAAACUGAAUUCAGUUGCUUGAUUCUCACAGAAAUUCAACUCUCCACAUUUAGUUUACACAAUUCUAUUACUGAUAAGCUCACAAAACACAAACUUACCCAAAAAACUGCAAUGGUCCUUCAGUCUCAGCGAAGAACUCAGUACUACAGCUCAGUCAGCAGCAACUGGAUCCAGGAGAUUUCGGCUUCACUUCUGUGAAGGUGCUGGAUGAUCAAACAAAUCUUUUUCCGGGAUCUGCUACCGACUACUCUUCCUUAAUGACCUCCGAUGUUGUGCACGGUAACUGAAUCUGAAUUCUAACAACUGAAUUUGAAUUGUGAAAACUCAACACCAAGUGCUGACUUUUCUUAUGAGGAUCAAAUUUAAUUUCACAGCAACUGAAAUCAAUUUCAAAAUAUUACAUUCAGUUCCAACUUCACUGGAUUACAGUUUCGAUUAAAUAAAUUCCAAUUAUAAGUUUUAAAUUCAAGUUACAAUUAUUUAAAUUCAGCAAAUUCAGAUUCAGUUU